GCAGAAGAAGUGGUGUGCGAGCGAGACCAAGAUCACGGACCUGGAUUCAUCUAUCAUUUGGCCGCUCGUGUGUAUAUAUGGUUUCCAAUUGUCCUGCUCGUCUCUUCCUCCGUUGACUCUGUUAUCCACUCUCCGAUCAGAUCCUCUUCCUUCUCCGCCGGAAAUCUGGUUCCUCUAUCUCUCUUCCCUCGUCUCUCUCGUCGAUCGAUCCGGGGCACAGACACACUGCGCGAAACAAACUCUGAUUUCCGACAGGAUAAAAGGGUCGGGAGCCAUUCUCGCCGAUCUGAGGGGCAACCUUGCUGGAUGUUUCAGACAAGCAAUGUUCUCAAUGCCAAUCUAGCUUGCAGCAGCUCACCAAUACCCGGCGACCGUUUAGAUCUUAGCCCGAUGGAACCCAUCAACGGAGGGAACAAUGCCAACAACAAUCCUAGUCUUGCAUCCAAACAACGACUUCGUUGGACUAACGAGCUUCAUGAGCGUUUUGUCGAUGCCGUAGCACAGCUCGGUGGCCCCGACAGAGCAACACCUAAAGGUGUGCUUAGAGUAAUGGGUGUACAAGGAUUGACCAUAUAUCAUGUCAAGAGUCACUUACAGAAAUAUCGCCUGGCAAAGUAUCUGCCAGAUUCCUCGUCUGAAGGGAAGCAAAUGGAUAAGAAAGAAUCUGGAGAUAUGCUCGCCGUUUUAGAUGGUUCAUCGGGAACGCAAAUAACCGAAGCUCUCAAGUUGCAGAUGGAGGUUCAGAAACGAUUGCAUGAGCAGCUAGAAGUGCAGAGACAGCUGCAACAAAGGAUAGAAGCUCAGGGAAAGUACUUGAAGAAGAUAAUCGAAGAGCAACAGCGACUCAGUGGAGUUAUCGGCGAACCAUCGGAUCCCAGGGAGGGUGAUAAUUCCCCAGAGGGAGAUAACGGCAAUGAUCCGGGAACCCCUGCCGCGAUUUCCGAGUCUCCUAUCCAAGAUAAAUCCGGAAAAGAAGGUGGGAAAGAAAAGAGUCUUUCAGUCGACAACGAGUCUCUAUCUUCUUAUCCCGAGCCUUUGACACCAGACUCGGGGUUUAACAACGAUUAUCCCCGGGAUAGGUCCGGAGGUGAAGAGAGGUCGUCGAAGAAACCACGGUUAGCGAGAGGCGGAGUGGAGCCCCUGAUACUGGAAUCAGGACUGGACCCUUUGUUUAUAUUGAAAGGACAAUGUGAUAAUCCAUCUGGAACAAUGGUGGGAGGGAGUGAAGCUAGGUUGGAGGACUUGGACAAGGUUUCUGUAGAGAAUCUAUGAGGUCUCUGUGCCUUUUUCUUUUGUAGUUGAGAAACCACACGCAUACCUGAGUGUUUCGUCCAUUGUCGUACGAGUGAGGUGGUAUCGUAAAUCCCGAGUCUAGGUUUUACAACAUGUAGCAAUGGAUAUACACGGUGUUGCAUUGACAUUUGGUGGGAAGGAAAACAAUAACCUUAUACCCGAUCUUAAAUCCACCAAAUUCCUCGGAUUUUGGAUUUC